AUGGAAUUUGCAACUGUCAGGGCCUUGCUGGCGGCCAGCUUGGACACAAACGCCGAUAGUAGGCGACGUGCUGAGCUGCAGCUGAAGCAGGUCGAGGAUCAUGCGGGUUUCCUCAUCUGCCUGCUCGAUGUCUUGGAAGCAGAGCAGGACGCCAGUGUCCGCCUUGCCACCGUCAUCUACAUCAAGAACCGAGUAAACCGCUCUUGGUACCAAGCCGAAGGCAUUCCCUCCGAAAGCUCAAUAGCCGAAGAUGAGAAAGUCCGGAUCCGAGACCGUCUGGUGCCCAUCCUGGCUUCCUCCGAGGGGCUCGUACGCCAGCAGCUUAUUCCCGUUCUGCAGCGCAUUCUGCAGUGUGAUUUCCCCAGCCGGUGGCCGCGAUUCCUGGAAUUCACCUUGGAGCUGUUAAACACCAAUAAUGCAAACUCUGCGCUGGCUGGUCUGCAGUGUCUCCUCGCCAUCUGCCGUGCUUUCCGAUAUAAGUCCAACGAAAGCCAGGACCGACAGCACUUUGACAACAUUGUUGAAGCCAGUUUUCCGCGACUCUUGGCCAUCUGCAAUGAGCUGGUGAACCAAGAAAGCGACGAGGCUAGCGAGAUGCUGCACCUGGCUCUCAAAGCGUACAAACAUGCCACCUGGCUCGAGCUCUCUCCGUACUUGCGACAGGACCAGGUCAACAUCGCUUGGUGCACCGUCUUCCUCCAAACCGUUUCAAAGGCUCUUCCUGCCGCCGUUGUGAUGAGCGAUGUCAACGACCGAGAAAAACACCACUGGUGGAAGGCCAAGAAGUGGGCUUAUUUCAACCUGAACCGUCUUUUCAUUAGACAUGGAAACCCCACGAGCCCGGGUAAACAAGAUGGAGCUGUUCAGUUCGCGAAAAACUUCACCAACACCAUUGCCCCUGAAAUCUUGAAGCAUUAUCUACAGGAGAUCGAGAAAUGGGUGGCCAAGACCUCUUGGCUUAGCCGACCUUGUCUGUCCUACAUCCUAGUGUUCCUUGAUGAGACGGUACGGCCCAAGGAGAUGUGGGUGCACUUGAAGCCGCACCUGACUAACCUCGUUACGCACUUCGUAUUCCCGGUUCUCUGCCUGUCGCCGGAAGACGUCGAACAGUUCGAAGAGGAGCCAGAGGAGUACCUUCACCGAAAACUGAACUACUUUGAGGAGGCGUCCGCUCCUGAUGUUGCAGCGACAAAUUUCCUGGUCAACCUUACAAAGAACCGCCGAAAGGAGGUUUUCGAGAUUCUCAAAUUCGUCAACGCUGUCGUCAACGAGUAUGAGCAAUCUGCCGAUGACAAGAAGAACCACAUUGCAAAGGAGGGUGCUCUUCGGAUGAUUGGAACCCUGGCUCCCGUCAUUCUGGGGAAGAAGAGCCCCAUUGCCGACCAGGUCGAGUACUUCCUCGUCCGAUACGUCUUCCCAGACUUCACCAGUCCCUUGGGCUACCUCCGAGCCCGAGCUUGCGAUACCAUCGAGAAGUUUGAACAGCUCAACUUCCAGGACCAGAAUAACCUGCUCACCAUCUAUCGCAACAUUCUGGACUGCAUGGCAGACCCGGCACUCCCCGUUCGUGUCACUGCCGCCCUGGCGCUGCAGCCAUUGAUCCGACACGAAAUUAUCCGAACAAGCAUGCAGCAGAGCAUUCCCACGAUCAUGCAACAGCUGCUGAAGCUGGCCAACGAAGCCGAUAUCGAUGCCUUGGCCAACGUGAUGGAAGAUUUCGUCGAGGUAUUCGCUACCGAGCUCACUCCCUUCGCCGUCGCCUUGUGCGAGCAACUUCGCGAUACCUAUCUUCGCAUUGUGCGCGAGCUGCUUGAGAAGGAGAGCAAGGCCGGGGACGAUGGUGAACUGUACAAUGAUUAUGACGAUAAGAGCAUAACUGCUCUCGGUGUGCUGCAGACCAUUGGAACUUUGAUCCUCACGCUGGAGAGCACCCCAGAUGUCCUCCUUCACAUUGAAGCGGUCCUCAUGCCUGUGAUUCAAAUUACACUAGAGAACAAGCUGUACGACCUCUACAACGAAGCAUUUGAAAUCAUUGACAGCUGCACCUUUGCCGCCAAGGGCAUCUCUCCCAACAUGUGGAAGGCAUUUGAGCUCAUCCAUACCACCUUCAAGGCUGGAGCCGAAUACUAUCUCGAGGAUAUGCUCCCAGCGCUGGACAACUUCGUCCAGUACGGCGCGCCUGCCUUGGUCCAGAACCCGGAAUACGUCCAGGCGCUCUACUCCAUGGUGGCCGAUAUGUUCAGCGACACUGUAGAAGGAGGUGUUGAGCGAAUUUGCGCCUGCAAGUUGGCUGAGGCCAUGAUGCUGAGCCUUCGGGGCAGCAUAGACAGCUGUGUCGAGGGCUUCAUCAACAUGGCCAUGAACAUUCUGGCUGGCCAAGAGGUCAAGGUGAAGAGCUACAAAAUUCAUCUGAUGGAAAUGGUCAUCAACGCUGUGCACUACAACCCCAUGCUCACCCUGCAGGUUCUGGAGACCAACGGCUGGACGAAUAGGUUUUUCAGCCUCUGGUUUGGCAGCAUGUCGUCCUUCAGCAGGGUUCAUGACAAGAAGCUCUGCAUUGUGGCCAUCUCCGCCCUUCUCGGCCUCAACCAUGAUCAAGUCCCCGCCAGCAUCUCUGUCGGAUGGCCACGGCUGCUCCAGGGCAUCACGGAACUCUUCCGAACAUUGCCUAGCGCCAUGAGAAACCGUGAGGAUGCCCUGCGCGAUGAUUUCACUCUAGACGCCGGGUAUGACUACGUCGACGAAGAUGAGUGGGACGAGAGAGAUGUGGCUUGGAAUGGAGACGAGGAAGUUGGCUCUGCUGGUGACGACGAGUCUCCAGAGACCAAGGACGAGAGUGCUGCCUAUCUUGAGUUCCUCAAUGAGGAGGCACAAAAGUUCAGCCGCGUGAUUGACGACGACGAGGAAGAGGAGCUCGGAGAAGACAGCGUUCUUCUCGAGUCGCCGCUGGACAAGAUUGAGCCAUACCAGCUCUUCAGGGCAACACUGCUGAAGAUGCAACAAGACCAACCCCAAUUUUACGCGAACCUCGCCAGCCACCUCUCUGGUGAGGAGCAAGGCCUCAUCCAGGACAUUAUUGUCAAGGCAGAAGAGGUGGCCCAGGCGCAACUCCAAGCACAGCAGGCUGAGAUGAUUGCUCCGCAUGCCGCUGCUAAUGGCGGCGUCAACUGA